UAACAGCACCGCAGGCAAGCAUUCCGCUCAGGACGCGCCAAAAGUAAAGGUUGUGCGCGUGCUGUUUCGGGUGGGAGGAGCGUGGCGGCUUCUAGUAUUCCCCUGCCGUCUCUGCACAUCAAUAGCGGGCGACUAGAAUUAAUGCUGUACGAGGAUCGUGCGAUGCUAUUCUGUCAAUAGUCGUCAAGGAGAUCGUCGUCUGUAUUCGUCGCAGUGUGAGGUCGUAGUUGAACGCCGUCUUCUGAAUCCGUCGCGACCCCAACACGAUGUCGGGCGCGUCGCCGCGAAAAUUCGCCGAGAAGAUCGCGAUUAUGAAUCGGAAGCAGAACGAGGAUGUGAACACAUUCGACAGCAUUAUGCGCGAGGUGCGACAGAUCACCAGCACCGAAACGCAAGCCAUUCCGUCGCCGUCGACGUCGCUGCAUCCGCCGCAGUGGAAUCAGCUCGGCGGGUCGCUUCCGAAUGUGCAUCAGAUGCCUUCCUAUCAGGAUUGGACCAGCGGUUGGCCUGAAAUCCCUUCGUCGCACGGGAGUCGUUCACCCGAACAACAUCCGAUGCACUACCAUCCGUACGGAAGAGGACCACGUUCGCCUGAUCGGGUACCGCCGUUGCACCCGCACUACGUCCCCUAUCCGAAUCCUCAGCAACUUCUUGCUGCUCCGGAAUGGAAUCAGAUAAAUCGAGCGCGUUCGGAUCCGCAAAUCAAUCAGAUUUCCAUGCCAAUGCAUAUGGUUCAGGGAAAUGGAGGUCCUAUUAUGGUACCGCAUCACAUGAUGCAAGCUGGACCCAGUGGAAUGAACAUGAUGCCAUUAGGACAACAGUGCCCGAUGCCGAAUGCACCGAAUAUGAUACCUUCACAGCCAGGAAUGGUUCCACAGUCACAAUCAGUUGGUGGGCCGCCACAAACACCCAUGCAAAACGUGAAUAUGCAGUCGCCAUUACAGUCGCCUAUGCAUUAUCAGAUGCAAAGCUAUGGGUUCCCAAAUGGCAGCCCUAUGCAGUCGCCAAUGGGUUCUCCAAUGGGUUCCAGUCUAAUGCUAGAUGAGAGGACAACACCUAUGAUGGAACUCAGUCCACCUGGCAUGCAUGACCCAUGCAGUGAGGCUGGUAGUUUACCAAACAUCCAUGGAAUGCCACAGCAGCAGCCUCCACCUUUCUAUCAUCAAACAGUCGGGCAACGCCACAGCACCGGUGGUGCACUUGUGGGCGCAACCCGUCUUGCUCCGACGACAGUGCGAACACCCGAAAGUCAGUCUGCACCAACAUCUCCAGCGAAUAAUCUUGAUCCGUCUCAACAUCUGCAGUGGCCGGGCACCCGAACAUUCUCCAACUCACCAGAGUCUUUGGACAUACCGCGUUUGGUGCUGACAAAUCCGGAAGGAACUAAUGGCCCACAUUUGGAGUGCUUCAACGAUUUAGAGCAUCUAACACUUGACACAAAUGAUAUGCAGAUGCUGUGCAAUGGUUCAGGAAACGGUAAUCCGGUGCAACAGGACAGCCGAUAUUCGUCCGAAUAGCACUUGCUUAUGGUAUGAACAAUGCUUCACACUAUGCAGUGUCUCGCGAAUUCUGUAGAUUAACACAUUUUUUCCGCCGUUCAGCUCAGUCAGCUCCAAACCUGUGACAUUCAUCGAUUUGCCUCAGAAUUUUAUAUUUUAUGUACUUUUCAUUUACCAUGGGUUAUCGCAGUUUUUUUCGUUUUUCCCCCGUCAUUUUUCACGAUUUUAAAACAGUAGUAGUAAUUAUUGGUUUUGAUUGGCUGUUUUUGUAGAUUGAUAUUCUGUGAAAGAAAUGGUGUAGUUUCUCGUUUGACGUUUGCGGCAUCAGCUAGCGAGUUAUAAAUUAUAAAACUCGUUAUGAUUUUUUUAACUUUCUCGCGUUGGUACAUUUGGCUGUGAUGUCACUAUUACAUUGUUUCAAUGCAUCAUUGAAGGUUCACAAAUGAUCCAUAUUAACCCAGUGUGUGGUAAAGGUGAUGCAAAUGAUCGCUUCCAUCGACACCAUCCCAAAGUAGAUUGCGGGCGAAUAUGCGUUAGUAAGACGUUUUUGUCGGAGUUUAGUUGAUGCGUUAGGCAUUCACGCUAGUUGUUGCGUUCCUAGCGCCAUUCUAUUGCUUGAUCACAAUUUAUCUGACGCUAACCUUGCGAGACUUUCGUAUUUACAAAGUUGUCAGUAACAUUCAGUGCUCUUUUCUUAUUUAUAUCUUAUUGCAUCGUUUAUGUGGUAUUCAUGGACUAACACAUCAACAUUAAUAGUACUUCCGGUUUUACAGAUCAAUUUUUGCUAUUGCUUGAGCCCGUACUUACCAGAUUGCAACUGUGCUAUAUUUCACUGCUUGUAAUGUAUCGUUUCCCAUGUUCUUCUCAGAUAAACUUC